ACAUGUGGCUGUGGACUCACACAGCUUGGUCCACUCUGAGCUUUGAAAUGGGGCUGGUCGGGACCUUCUUUUGCAUUUUUGUUGGACAUCUUGUCUCUGUUCACUCAAUGAUCAUAAAUAGGCCUGAUGCCACACUCUCCUGGGAUUUUCCAGGAUUACCUGAUGACCUCGAGCCUUUGUCAUUUGAGAGAAACUUUGAUUUCUCUCCGUUCAACACCAUCUUCAGCUCCUGGCAAACCCGCGGCCCUGACUUCCACAUGCUCGCUGACCUUCCUCCUAUCCUGAACGUUCCCAGAGUACAGGUGUUCUGUGAUCAAUCUCAGCUCACUGUGCUGGUGGAUAAGAGGUCCUACGGUGCCAUGUUGACUGUAGAGGAGAUUCAGUUGGGUGAUGGCUGCCUUAGCAAUAGAGAGCGACCAAACCAAUUUGUCUUUAUUUACAGCGUAGACAAGUGCGGAACCACACUUGCAAUGCAUAAUGGUUUGGUGAUGUUCACCAACGCCAUCCAUGUUAAUCUCAAGAAACCACUCGCCCCCUGGUGGCAAACUCCUUCCACGGUGCACGUCUCCUGCAUCCCAAACAGGUCUUAUGUUCGUCCAAGCUUGUCAGACUCAGUGGUCCCUUCUGAGAACGGCAGGCGAUUCAAUCUCAAAGUUGUGACAUCUUCCUGGAGCAGUGUCACAGAGUCAAACGUCUAUGAAAGAGGCCAAGUUAUCAACCUGCAGGUUUCUGCCCAAACUAAACCUGAUCAGCAGCUUUUCGUUCAGUCCUGCUUCGUCUCUGCGUCCCCGGAGCCUCAGAGUAAACCCCGGCAUGCAGUCAUAAUGAACAAAGGGUGCACAGCCCCACUGGGUUCUCCUCAUCCUGUUGUACAGUUUGUGGCCUCCAGCAGAAGGGAUGUGGUCAAUUUUGCUCUGAACACAUCAUAUCUCAUUUCUGAGCUUUAUGUUCACUGCAGCGUGAUCAUCUCACAACAGGGUGUCACUCGUGACUCUAAAUCCUGCAACUACAACUUAAUCCAGUCUAGGUGGGAAGACCUCGGUGGAGACGUUGAAGUGUGCGAGUGCUGCAGCUCCAAGUGUAAAGCCCUGUCAGUGAGGCACCAUCCUGAAGGUCAGAUCAGGGCGACACUCAGCACUGGUCCAUUAGUUAUUGUGGACAAGGAUAUUGAGAUGAGCUCAGAACAUGAGGUCUCUGAGCCACAAAAAAAGCCCUCUGCCCCCAUUACCAACUCCAUGCAGUCUGACGCUGCAGUGACAGGAGCCGCAAUCAUUUCUGGUGCUUCUCGCUCAAGAAGCAAGGUCUCAUCUCCUCCACAGGGUGUCAUCAUGGUGAGUGAGGACCCAGCAGCCAGACUGACCCUUUGGCUGCCUGGACAGCUGCAGCAGACUGAAGGCGGUUUGACAAAUCGGUUAAAGGCAAGCGACACAUCUUCAAAUGACCAUCCUGCACCACAACCUUCAAAUCUCCCCAUAAACCAGAUCGAAGGUCAAAAUCUCAAUGGACUAAAAAGUGACUCUUCAUUACGGGAUCUGAAGCUUCCUGUAAUGGUUGACAGAUGGUUGAUCCCAGCCUUCGCAGAGGAUUCUCCAAGACAAACGUGGUCUGGAAGCUCUACAGUGUUUGGCCCAGACGUUCCACAAGUCGACAUCCUUCUGCUGGCUGAGGCGACUGUAAAUGACCUUAACCGGGUUCAUUUUGACCAAGUGGAAGAUGAGCCGGCUCAAAUGCAGGCGGAUGCAGCUGUGACGCCCGAAAAACAAACAUAUUAUGUCAAACCAAUAAUUCGCUCAAAACUUGCGUUCUCCAAAGGCACAGAUGGGACACAGACGCUGAGUUAUGAGGAAGAGGCGGUGGAGCACGAAGAGGGAAAAGGUGGAACUAGAGGAUGUGGGAUGGAUGGGUCUAAAAGAAAACAGGAGCCCGGACAGAAGGGGCUGCGCUCGGCCUUCCUAGAUCUGCUGAGGACGAUGGACAAAGCUGAAUAAUUGCAUCUAUUUUAUAAUUUUGGUUUAAUGUAAUAAACUGUUGAGCAAAA